UAGAUGUGUCACUGUGCCGCCUCUCCCCCAUUGAGAUUCCCACACUGUGCCCUCCUCAUCUCUUCCCAUCACUCUGGUCUGAGGGUCCCAGGUGGUAGCCCAUCUUCAUCUCUCUCCCUCUGGACUGAGGGUUCCCACGCCCCACCUGGCCUCCCAUACAGUCACGCCGAUCUGAAGGCACGUACCUACCUGCAGCUUUUCAUUCGUUGACGCUUUUCUUGGGACCCGGCUCAAGAUGCCAGAGCCCACAAAGAAAGAUGAGAUGCCCAAUGGUGAAAAAGAGAGUGUUGCCCCAGACAGUAGUGAGGCGCCCAUGCCCACACCUGAGAUAUCCCUCAAGGUCUCGCCUCCACCCCCAGAACAACCGGUAGAGACUGAGGGGAAGGAUCCACAGCCCAUAGAGGUGCUUAAGCCUGUAGAGCCUCAGCCUGUGGUUGCUAAGGAGCCAGAACCAGUAGAGAAUGGGUCUAAAGAACCAGAACCAGAGGCGGUUGCGGUCAGGGCUAAAGAGCAAGUAGAGUCUGUGAACUCUGAAGUAAAGGAGGAGGCCCCGUCCCCUUGCUCACCCCCACCGCCUGCAACCCCCUUACCUACGGUGAAGGAGGAAGCAGAGCCAGUUGUUAUGGAGGUUACCCAACCUCCAGAACCAGUUGUUACAGUGGUUACCCCACCACCACCCCCACCUCCAGAACCAGUUGUUACGGUGCAGGUUACCCCACCACCACCCCCACCUCCAGAACCAGUUGUUAUGGUGCAGGUUACCCCGCCACCACCCCCACCACCAGCAGGUCUGGAAGAGUGUGUGUCUGUGCGUAUGCAAGAACGUGUGUAUAUAGAUAAAGAUGAUGACGCUACAACCAACACCCCAUCACCACCGCCCCCACCAGAGGAUGCCAAUACACUCAAGAAACUCUCUAUUGAGAUGCCUAAUGAUAGCGUCCAUGUGUCAGCCAUGGGGAGAAAAGACUCAGUGUGGUCUCUAGGAGAGGGACAGGCUCCAGAGGACCUUGACAAGCCCAUAGACACCCCACCGCUGUCCAGCCUGCUCAUAGAAAGUCCCCAGGGCGGAUCCAUCACUGUGGGUGGAGACAUCUCCUUUGUUGCCAAGGUGGAGGCCAAAGACCUGCUCCGUAAACCCACCAUCAAGUGGUUCAAAGGGAAAUGGAUGGACCUGGCCAGCAAGACUGGAAAGCACUUACAACUUAAAGAAACCUUUGACCGACGCACCAAGAUUCACACAUUUGAGAUGCAUAUCAUCAAGGCCAAAGACAACUAUGCUGGAAACUACAGGUGUGAGGUCACCUACAAGGACAAAUUUGACAGCUGCUCCUUUGACCUAGAAGUGAAAGAACUGGAACAGUCACAGAGUGUUGAUAUUCGAUCAGCUUUCAAAAGAAGCAGUGAAGGACACGAGGAUGCAGGGGAUCUUGACUUUAGUGGUCUUCUUAAACAUAGAAACCAAAGGGAGCCCAAGCAGGAGGAGACCCCCGAAGUGGACGUGUGGGAGAUCCUGAAGUCGGCCAGGCCAGACCAGUACGAGAAGAUCGCCUUUGAGUACGGCAUAACAGACCUGCGGGGUCUGCUCAAGAGGCUGAAGAAGACCAAGAAAGAGGAGAAGAAGAGUGAAGCUUUUGCCAAGAAGUUGGAUCCAGCAUACCAGGUGGACAAAGGAGGGAAGAUCCGAUUAGUGGUGGACCUUGCAGACCCCACAGUAGAGCUGAAAUGGUACAAGAACGGCCAGGAGAUCCGUCCAACUCCAAAUCAAAGGAAGUUUAUCUUUGAGCAAAAGGGCACACAGCGGAUCAUGGUCAUCAACAACUGCUGCCUGAAUGAUGACGCUGCCUAUUCUGUAGCCGCGGGAGAAGAGAAGUGUACCACAGAGCUGUUUGUCAAAGAGUUACCAGUGAAGAUUACUAAAGAGAUUGAGGCAGUGAAAACGACAGUGAACGAGAGGAUUGAGUUGGAGUGUGAAGUGUCUGAAGAAGGAGCUCAAAUAAAAUGGUGUAAGAACGGCGUGGAGGUCCCGACCGGGCCCCGGUCACGCUACCGUGUCAAGUCUGAGGGGCUGAAACACUGGCUGAUCAUUGACGAUGCCUCAAAGGAGGACACAGGAACCUUCUCUGUCAUGGCCUCUGGGGGCACCUCUGAGGCCAAAGUCCAGGUCGACUUGAAGCCACUGAAGAUUAUUCAGGAUCUGCAGGACAUGACAGUGCUUUUGGGCCAGCCCCUGAAGAUGCACUGUGAGAUCUUCCCUGGGAAUGUUCCAGGUCGCUGGUACAGGAACGGACAGCUGAUCCAGUCCAACGACCGCAUCAACAUCCUGCAAAGAGCCAAGAACCACCGAUUAGAAAUUGCGAACAGCACCAUUCACGAUGCCGGGGAUUAUACCUUUGUGCCAGAGGGAUACAGUCAGAGCCUCUGUGCCAAAGUUCAUAUCAUUGAUCCUCCCAGGGUGCACCUGGAGAGCUUGAACUUCCCUGACAACACGGUGACCAUUGUGGCAGGAAAUAAACUUCGCGUGGAAAUCCCCAUCAGUGGAGAACCAGCACCCAGGGUGGUGUGGAUGAAGGGAGAGAGGGUAAUCCUUGACUCGGGCCACCGUGUGCGAGCUGAAACCUUCACGGACCACACCAGCCUCACCAUCGACAUCGCAGAGAAGGAAGACACAGGAAACUACAAGAUAGUCCUGCAGAACGAGGCUGGGGAAGCAACGGCUAGCGUCAAAGUCAAGGUGGUGGAUAUCCCAGACCCUCCUGAAGUUCCCCUAGUCCCGGAAGUGGGGGGAGACUGGUGCUCUAUGACAUGGGACCCCCCGAUCUAUGACGGAGGCUCACCCAUCUUAGGCUACUUCAUCGAAAGGAAGAAGAAGCAGAGUUCCAGGUGGAUGAGGCUGAACUUUGACCUGAACAAAGAGACCACAUUUGAGCCUAAAAAGAUGAUUGAGGGUGUCCCGUACGAGGUGCGCGUCUUUGCUGUGAAUGCCAUUGGCGUGUCCAAACCCAGCGAGCCAUCCAAAGCCUUUGUGCCCCUGGCUGUGACCAGUGAGCCCACCAUGCUGGUGGUGGAUGAUAUCACAGACACCACAGUGACUAUGAAGUGGCGUCCCCCAGACACCAUCGGAGCUGCAGGCUUAGACGGCUACCUGGUGGAGUAUUGCAUCGAAGGAACUGAUGACUGGAGAGUAACCAAUAAGGAGCUGACAGAGAAGACUAAGUACACUAUCACUGGCCUCCCUCCAGAGGCUAAGAUCCUGGUAAGGGUAAGGGCAAUUAAUGCCGCCGGCGCCAGCACUCCCAGAACACUUCAGCACUCUAUCCUGGUCAAAGAGGUCAUCGAACCACCUAAGAUCCGCAUCCCCCGUCACUUGAAGCAGACGUACGUUCGUAAAGUCGGAGAAGCCGUCAAUCUCGUUAUUCCAUUCAUGGGCAAGCCCAGGCCAAAGGUGAGCUGGCUGAAGGAGGGCCAGACGGUGGACCCCACGCAGGUCACUAUACGCAACACAGACUGUGACAGCAUCAUCUUCAUCCGCAAGGCAGAGAGGAAGCACUCUGGGAAGUACGAUAUGAAGGUGGAGGUGGAGAAACACGUGGACACAGCCAUCGUAGACAUCCAGAUAGUAGACCUCCCAGGGCCUCCACAGUGUGUGAAGAUAGAUGAGGUCUGGGGGGGAAACGUGGCUCUGGACUGGACCCCUCCAAAGGACAAUGGCAACGCCGCUAUUACAGGCUACACCAUCCAGAAAGCAGACAAGAAGACCAUGGAGUGGUACACGUGUAUUGAGCACUACCACCGCACCUGCAUCACCAUCACAGAGCUGGUGGUGGGGAACGAGUACUACUUCAGAAUCUACUCUGAGAACAUGGUGGGUUUGAGCGAGGGUGCCACCCAGACCAAGGACAGUGCCCUCAUCGUUAAAGAAGGGAAAUUCCCCCAUGAUACAGCUCAGCACCUGUAUCAUGCACAACCCCAUUCUUCCUCCCUUCCUCCCCCUGCAGGCAUGCAACUGAAGAACCCUGAGUACAUCGACCACGACUUCAAAGAGCCUCCCAAGUUCACCCAGCCCCUCAUCAACACCUUCGCCAUCGCUGGCUACAACGCCACCCUUAACUGCAGCGUCCGCGCCAACCCACGGCCCAAAGUUAUUUGGAUGAAGAAUAAGAUGGCCAUCAUUGACGACCCACGCUACCGCAUGUUUAGCAACCAAGGGGUCUGCACCCUGGAGAUCCGGAAACCCAGCCCCUACGACGGGGGCAUGUACUCCUGCAAGGCCAUUAAUGACCUGGGUGAUGCACUGGUGGAGUGCAAGCUGGAGGUUAAAGGGGGCUUUACCUUCUCUGAGCUCAUGCAGCGUGGAGUGCCUUUACACCUGAUUGAUAAGUACAUGAACGAGACCAAGGCCGUGUUGCAGCCAGAGAAGUAGUCGGACUGAGCAACCGCUGAUACACCUAGGCUGCCUAGAAACCUGUCGUCACACCACUAGUGACCUGCCUCUCACCAGCAGUCAAGGGAGGGGCUGGAGGGAGAGGGAGGGAUUUACUAGACUUUGGCAUGGCAUGCUGUUUGCGGGUAUGGAGCUAGUUACCAUAAAAUAAGCCAAGUCAUCACCAGCUUUGUGUCAUCUCCUAGUAUUUAAAAGGCUCUGUUUAAGCUCAGUUGCAUGUUGGCAGUGUUUUGGCUGUAGCUUUUUAUUUGAGAUGAGUAGUGUGGGAAAUGUACAGUAGGACAAACUGUAAUGUCCACCUAUCUGGACAUGUUUUGUCUCUGUUGGGAUUGGGAAGUGUGUUUGGGGGGGCUAAUGUUGAAAUGUAUAAACAAUAUGGCUUCAUGUCUGUAAUGCAAUGUCUUGUGAUUAAAGAUUGAAAUUCAAAAGAUACAAAUAUUAAAACAUAUCUGAUCAGGUGAUUUGCAAUGAGAAGUGACAGUAUUUCAUCAGUCCCUUUAACAUGCUUCACAUUAGGAUUUGAGUAUGAAAAGUAUAGUUGUCUGAUUAAUGUUGAGAUUUGGGCUUUCAGACAGUUAUCCCUACUUUUUUUUAGCCUUACACUGCAUGACACAUUGUGCUUUCUGUGCUCAUACUGUACUUGAGGCUUGGGUAUAUUCUUAGCUGUAAAGCCAUCUGCGCAUGCUUUCAUCUUCAAUUUGUAAUUUAUGACUCCUGGAAUAAAAUAAAAACAUGUAACAUAUCA